GUACUGUGGUUAUGUAUUAACCUGUUCCGAGCUUUUGUCGGUUGAAUUAGUAGACUACCUUUUUUUUUCUUUUCGCAUACCCAAAUAAUAUUUAGCAUAAACCGAAGACAGUAGGAUGGUUCGAGUUUCUGCUCACAGUUAGCUGUUGCCUUUGUUCUCGUAAAUACAUAUAGUUGAGCAUAGCAGUCAGUUAUGGAUUCCGCCUUUGAGAGGCACUGCUCGGAGCUGGUCGCCCGGGAACGAAGCGGACAUACUGCUGUGUUGCAUGACAAUCUCCUGUAUGUGUGGGGAGGCUAUAUGUCUGUUGCUGAGGAAGAAGUCUUCUUACCUAAUGAUGAAAUCUGGGUGUAUGAACUAGAUGCAGGUAUUUGGAAGGUGUUUCACAUGGAUGGGGACGUCCCUCCCCCCAUGUCUGGGACCUGCAGCUGCUACAUGAAUGGACACAUGUACAUAUUUGGAGGUUGUGAUGACAAUGGACAGACCAAUCAGAUGUACGGCGUCAACCUGGAAGAUGGGAAAUAUACAUGGAAGAGGAUAAUGCAUGAGUUUGGCUCAGCCCCCUCUCCCCGAGACAAAUUGUCCUGCUGGGUUUAUAACGGACGGCUCGCCUACUUUGGUGGUUAUGGUCACAAACUACUGAGUGAUCUCGACCGGAGGAGUGGAAGCUUUAUUGUGGAUGAAACUUCAUGGGUGGGAGAUGUCUUUUGGGGAUGGAACAAUGAAGUUCACAUAUUUGACCCCAUGCAGUCCAGCUGGAGUGAACCGCGGACCCACGGCCGAGCUCCUGCUCCAAGGGCAGCCCAUGGCAGUGCUGCGCUCGGAUGCAGAGGAUACAUUUGUGGAGGUAGAGUUAUGGAAACCAGGACAAAUGACAUCCAUUGCUUAAACCUUGAAUCAUGGACAUGGUCAGAAAUAAUCCCGUUGUCCCCAACUCCGGUGGGGAGAUCAUGGCACACACUCACAGCAGUAUCAGACAACACCUUGUUCCUGUUUGGAGGUCUCAGUGUUGACUGCAAACCAAUGAGUGAUGGGUGGUUGCUUGAUGUCGAAACAAAGAAGUGGAAAGAGUUAGAGCAUCCCUUUAAGAAUAAGCCAAGGUUGUGGCACACAGCUAAUCCAGGCAAAGAUGCUGAUGUGAUUGUGUUUGGUGGAAGUUGUGACUACAUCUUGCUUGUCGACACUGGUCACUGCAAUGAUGCACUUGUUUUUCAGACGCAACCGUAUCCCCUGUUUAGAUAUUCUGACUUGAAGAAAAGUGAAAUAAAUGACUUCAGGAAGGACCACCGAGGUCAAAGGAUGUUUGUUUCCAUCUGCAGUAAUUUGAGUUUGACCCAUAUGUUUGAUGGAUGUAGUGAAGGGGGACAUGCAGCAACUGAAGAAGAAGGGGGAGCAUGGCCCAAUUUUGGGAACUUGCAUGAAAAAGCUAAGGAUUUGUGAGGAUUACAUUGCAAAGAAUGUGAGGAACAACGAGGUGCUCCGAAAUCAACUUCCUCUCCUGCCUCGCAAGCUACUGAAGCUCUUACAGAGAAGGAUCUCUUUCUACAGGCCUUCGAAGAAGCA